AUACGUAGUACCUAAAUGCUCUGGACACCAACAAGAGGUGGUUGGUCCCCUCCCAGCGGUAUCCCGUCCAUCUUCCAUGCACCACCCACCGUACCUAAGGUAUCCAGACAAAGCUUUGGCUGUCUGCCAGUUUUGGUGCCGUCCUAUCAAUCUAUCCCCAGCUUUCGACGCCUGUCCCAACCAACCUGGAAGCACCCCCAGUCUCCAGUCCCCGACCCAGUUCUAGCCCAAUGCCGAUGACUUAGCACCAACGACGACCAGCGACCCAGCAGCACCCUCUUCCACCACUACUACCACCACCUCCUCCACCACGAACCACCACGGCCACCACCAUCCUUCGACUUUUUGCCCGCAACAUUUCCUAGCCGCCAGCAACAAGUUACUUAGCAUUGCUAUCGCCUGCCCGCACGCACAACUGCGCUGCCUUAUCUUACCCGACGCUCCUUUUCGCAUCGUCUCGACAUAAACAAAAGUUGCCAGAUCUGCCGCGGCUCGGUUUCUUUUUCGUCGCCUUCCCUGUUUCCUUUCUUCUUCACCCCCCCUUCGACAAUCGCCCGGGUCAGGGCCGUGUGUCAAGUCAUAGGCCCAUAACGUCACCCGGCCCAUCCUGGAAAGGGGACGCAGAACACCUAGAACGAAGGGGGAACGGAUAGCAACCACCAAAAAAAAUCCUCCCCCACGCCGGCCACCGCCUCUCCGCCAAACUGACGACCGCCGCGUCGACAUCUGCUUCUGAUUUCGCCAAUUGUGCCCUCUCAGCGGUUUGGGCGGUCCUGUGUCUCUUGGCCAUAGUCGGCGGCCGUUGAGGCCUCACGUUGUUAGUACCACUCACUACACCUCUCUUUCCAUCCUCUUGUACCACAUUUUUCUCCACCUUGGCACACUUGCCAUCUCUCCCCUUUAACCCAACCAACGACCAAAAGCUGAUAAGGGCAUUGUCGCCGACUUCCAGUUUCCUCCAUCGAACCCAUCAUGUCCGACUACCGCGGCGACCCGAGGGGUCACUCGUCCAACUACCAGCGCGAAGCCGCCUACUCUAACAUUUUCGGCGCCAAUCCCCCGCCGGGACGUUCGCAGACAAUGACCUCUUCUUCGAUGCCUCCUCAGAUGAUGCCACAACAGCAGGGAGGAAGGACGCAGACAAUGUCAUCUUCCAUGUCGUCUAUGCAGCGACAACCGCCCCCGAGGGUGCCUCCAGGCCAGUACAUGGACCGCGACCCGGGCUCUCCGAGAGGUGCUCCCAUGCAGCCGAAUGGCUACCCGGCUCAACAACGCUCAGCGUCCGGCGGCUAUCAAGUGCCCAACCCGCAAGCACAAUACAUGCAGCAGCAACAGGCUCGCCGCCCUUACGGAGGACCUGCCGGGCCCAUCCCCCAGCGUGAUGGAAGGGGGCCGCCGCCGUCCCAAGGGCAGUACGGCCCACCAAGAACAGCAGCACAGCGAUUUUACCAAGGAGCAGGAGGCGCGGCGCCAGCUAUGAAUAACGAUUCAUACCGCUCACAGUCUCUUGCUUCCGCCCCGAGACCGAACAUGUACCAGCCUCCUUCCAAUGGAUACGGCUCACAGCCGAACCACCAGGCCCCGGCCAAUGCUUUCCGCCAUGCUCCGUACAAUCCGAGCUCGUCUCGCACAACGGCACAAGGAAGGGUCGUUCCAGAACGCCAAGACGAUCGAGCCAUGUCAAUGACUGGCUAUCACCCGCAGGACCGCGAUAUGCACCAGUACCAGAAUUCCCACCAGACUAUGAGCGGUCGGGUCAUUCCGAAUAGAAGGGCGCCCGUGGAAUUGCCGGCCACUAAUGGAAGUUUCGGAGGAGGCUAUACACCAGCGCCAGGGUCUCAGACCAGAACGAUGAGCAUGGCUUCUUCAAUAACCGGUGACCCGAAUAACCAGAGGACGAUGUCGAUGGCGUCUACGGUGGCACCAACGAUUACGCCUUCAGAGAGCGACGCGACCCUGACGCAUAGACCUUCUAUGAGCAAGUCUAUUGACGGCGAACGACCUCCAACUGGCAAAAUUCGACCUCCCCUGGUUUAUCCCGCACUGCUAUCGCGAGUGGCCGACUGCUUCCGGCAAAAGAUCAUCACUGGCGACCGGACGAAGAACGAGCUCACGUAUAAGAACGCCUUCAGUGGUGCCGAAGCUGUGGAUGUCUUGUCGUACAUUAUUAGGACGACAGACAGGAAUUUGGCGUUGCUGUUGGGACGAGCUCUGGAUGCCCAAAAGUUCUUCCACGACGUCACCUACGAACAUCGCUUGCGAGACUCCACGUCAGAAAUGUAUCAAUUCCGAGAAACUCUGAUGGAAGAAACGGAGGAGAGACCUGCGGUCGAUGGUGUCUUUGUGCUCCUUUCCGAGUGUUACUCGCCGACUUGUACAAGAGAUCAGCUCUGCUACUCCAUUGCGUGCCCUCGCAGACUGGAGCAGGUAUCUCGGCUGAACCUGAAGAUCCAGCCUGGUCUGAAGAAGGAGUCUGAGAACGUUUCGAAUGAAGAUGAUGUCGACCAGACCGAUGAACAGAAGCUCUGGAUCAACUCCGUUCCGAAAGAAGUGGCCGACAGCAUCGGCGACAGGGAGAAGAAGAGACAGGAGGUCAUUUCAGAAAUCUGCUACACCGAGAGAGAUUUCGUGAAGGACUUGGAAUAUCUGCGCGACUUCUGGAUCCUGCCUCUGCGCUCCAAGGCUUCUCCGAUUCCUGCUAACAAGAGGGAGAAGGUUGUCAAGGCAAUUUUCAGCAAUAUUGUCGAUCACCCAAGUUUGCAUGCUGUGAGCGCAAAAUUCGCCAAGAUGUUGACAGAGCGGCAACAGAAGAACCCUGUUGUUGGAGCUAUUGGCGACAUUUUCCUCGAGUGUGUGCCUCAGUUCGAGCCAUUUAUUUGGUAUGGUUCCAAGCAAUUGGAGGCCAAGUUCGAAUUUGAGAAUGAACGAUCCGCCAACCCCUACUUUGCCAAGUUUGUUGAUGAGAUCGAGCGGCGGAAAGAGUCACGCAAGCUGGAACUCAAUGGCUACCUCACUAAGCCGACGACUCGUUUGGCUCGUUACCCACUUUUGCUGGAGAACGUGCUGAAGUACACAGAGGACGGUAGCUCUGACAAGGAAGACAUCCCCAAGGUGCUCAAGUUGAUUCGCGACCUCUUGACGAGAGUCAACGCCGAGUCAGGAAAGGCCGAAAACAGAUUCAACCUGAGGCGACUCCAUGAGCAACUGCGCUUCCGGCCAAACGAGAGGGUGGAUCUGCGAUUGACGGAGGAAGGCAGAGAGCUGGUGUUCAAGAGUCAGUUGAAGAAGACACCGCAAGACGCGUCUGAAAUCACUGCUUUCUUGUUCGACCACGCAGUCCUUCUGGUGAGAAUCAAGCAGGCUGGCAAGGGCGAAGAAAUCAAGGCAUACAGGCGGCCGAUUCCUUUGGAGCUGCUCGCUAUCCGUGAAAUGGAAGAGGUCAUUCCAGGCUCCGGUGCCAUGAAGCGAUCUUCGUCAAGCUUGCUUCCCGCCCUUCGAGCCAACACAAACGAUAACAAGAAGAGUGAAGGCUGGCCGAUCACAUUCAGGCACUUGGGUAAAGCCGGGUACGAACUGACGCUCUACGCGUCUAACCAGGCUGCACGUAAGAAGUGGCUCGAGUUUAUUGAUAGCGCCCAGCAACGUUUGAGAGCUCGUGCCGACUUCUUCAACACAAGUGUCAUCUCCACAGGCUUCUUUGUGGGCACAAACCAAGUCAACUGCGUUACGCCGUACGAUGGUGGCCGCAAGUUGCUAUAUGGCACGGACAACGGCAUUUACCUUUCUGAUCGCAAGAGCAGAGAUGCGAUGCCCAAGCGUGUCAUUGAGACGACGAGCGUCACCCAGCUCGAUGUUCUCGAGGAAUAUGGCCUCCUUCUGGUUCUAUCCAAUAAGGCGCUUUAUUCGUACCCGCUUGGAGCAUUGGAUCCGAACGAACCUGCUCUCUCGAAGCGACCCAAGAAAAUCCAGAGUCACUGCAACUUCUUCAAGACAGGCAUCUGCCUCGGCAGACAUCUUGUGUGCUGCGUUAAGUCCUCAGCUCUCUCGACUACAAUAAAGGUGUAUGAACCCAACGACGCUAUGUCGAAGGGCAAGAAGCAAAAGGGCUUCGGCAAGAUGUUUGCUGGACAAGACGAGCUCAAGCCGUUCAAGGAGUUCUACAUUCCCACGGAAUCAUCAUCGGUACACUUCCUCAAGUCCAAGUUGUGUGUGGCAUGUGCCCGUGGAUUUGAGGUGGUUUCACUUGAGACUCUUGAGACGCAAUCAUUGCUUGACCAGGCAGACACGAGUCUCGACUUCGUUGCAAGGAAGGAGAAUGUUAAGCCGAUUCACAUUGAACGCCUCAACGGCGAGUUCCUUCUCAACUACUCCGAAUUCUCGUUCUUCGUCAAUCGUAAUGGAUGGCGCGCGAGACCUGAAUGGCGGAUCGACUGGGAGGGUACACCGGGAAGCUUCGCUCUUAGCUACCCGUGGAUUCUGGCGUUCGAGCAGAACUUCAUCGAGCUCAGGAACAUUGAGAAUGGUGCUGUGCAUAUUGUGCCGCACAAGAACAUUCGGAUGCUGCACAGCAGCACGCAUGAGAUCAUCUUUGCGUAUGAAGACGAGAAGGGAGAGGACGUUGUCGAAGCCAUCGAUUUUUGGAAGAGCAACAGGAGAUCCGAAAUCCCUUGAUUUUACUCCACGAGUGAGCUGUUUCUCAUCCGUCUGCCGAGGGAAAACAUGUUUUAAAGAUCGAUACCAGAGUGAUUUUACUCAAGAAAUUCUUUUUCAGCCGUAUCCGUGGCAGCCUUUCGGCGAUGGAGAGGGUUGCGGUCUGCCUGAUGGGCGCCAAUCUCCGGGGCCGACGGUGUCGGGGGUGAUGUUUCAUGUAGAAGGGGUGAAGGCAAUCCUGCUUCGCCAUCGAUACGUGGUUCUAUUUUGCAUUGUUGUUUCUACUUGGAUGGGGAUUCUUGUUCGACUGGGUAAGCAGCUUGUCCGCAUGCAAAGGCUUGGAUGUGGAAGGGCUUGCCACGGGAGUAGGAUAGGACUCGGGAGAGAAAGGAUGAAGGGCGAGGAUCUAAGGAGAGAAGGAGAGAUACAGGCGAGCGGUUGGCCGGAACAAUUCGAAAGAAGUUGUUCCCAUGCAAAAGAUGCUUGUGUAUCGCGUGAACGUGAGGAACGUGAGGCGACGACGAUGAAGGGUAGGAAUAGGGGGCCAUGACGUGAGGGAGAUUAUCUUACGCAUUGUCGUUUGAGCUUUGGGUCUGACGUUGCAUACUGUGGUGCGUGGGCGGUUGGAUUGAUGUUCGAAUCUUUGUAAUUGCAUGAGCGUGUUGGAGAAUAAGAUCCGGAUGUUUACUGACA